CCCCCCUCGCCCCUCCCUCCGCGGCGCGCGCCGAUGCCGUUCCCCGCCCGCUCCGCCCCGGCCGAGCUCCCCCCCCCCGCCGCAGCCGUUACCGCCGCCGCCGCCGCCCCGGUCCCCUCAUGGCGCUGAAGCGGAUACAGAAAGAGCUAAGUGACCUGCAGCGAGACCCGCCGGCCCACUGUUCUGCUGGACCUGUUGGAGAUGACUUGUUUCAUUGGCAAGCAACUAUUAUGGGACCUCCUGAUAGUGCAUAUCAAGGGGGAGUAUUUUUUCUCACUGUACACUUUCCAACAGACUAUCCUUUCAAACCACCAAAGAUUGCUUUUACAACAAAAAUCUAUCAUCCAAACAUAAACAGUAAUGGGAGUAUUUGUCUUGAUAUCCUGAGAUCUCAGUGGUCACCAGCUCUGACUGUAUCUAAAGUUUUAUUGUCCAUAUGCUCCUUACUUUGUGAUCCUAAUCCAGAUGAUCCUUUAGUACCGGAUAUUGCACAGAUCUACAAGUCAGACAAGGAAAAAUACAACAGACACGCAAGAGAAUGGACACAGAAAUAUGCAAUGUAAACUUGUGAAGACUUUUUCAUAUACCACAGAGUACUGUAAAUUCUAGUUUUUUUUCAAACUUAGAAGGAAAUGGAGCACAGUUUACUGUUUCAAUGUACCAUAAUGCCCUUGAAUUUUUUAUUUUUUUCACCCAUGUAAGUGUGUUUCUGGAGCAAGGGAAAACAACCUUCCAAAAGUAACCUUAGGACUGUGAUAAGAAUAUUUAUCCUCUUUGUAUGCUUUGCAGAAGACAUUUAUUAUGGUUUUUAAGAGUUGGACAUCUGCAUCCUCAAACUGUAAGAUCCAUAAUGCAGUUGUAAAGCAACCAAAUUAUUUUUGCUGGAAAAAAGUAGCUGUUUUUACGUGAUAAAUACUGUAUGUGUGUCCUUAAGAUAUGUUGUCCGUUUCAUAAGUGUGUUCAAAUUUCAUUUUGUUAGUUCACUUAUAUAAUAUGUAUUUUUAUUGUAUAGACUAAAUAUAUUUUAUUUGCCAUGUAAGUCAUUUCAUUUUAGACUUACUUUCUUGUGCACAGUAUUGACAAGAUACAACUGCUAGUAAUGAAAAUAAUUGGGAUAUCCUGCCCGUUAGGAUGUCCUAAUGACUGACUGCAGAUUUCUUAAAACCUAAAAUGAUCUUUGCACUGUAAUUCUUUGUACGCUGAUUAUGGAGAAACACUUGUUUUUUGAUUCUGUUGCAUACUUGACUUAAUUUUAUUGCAAUGUGAACUAAUUGCACUGCUAUGUAGAAAGAUAUGUAACCUUUUUGUUGCUAUUCACAACUGAUUUUUGACAUGUGGGCAACAUAACACUCAGACCUUUUACAAAUCUAAAUGUAGCCUUUUCCAUAUAAAUAAAAUGCAUUUUCUACUAUGUCUUGGCUGUUUUUUAAAAUCAUGCAUAUCCUUAAAGUGCUUGUUCUAACAUUAGGGAUUCCAAAUACGAAGUGUGCAUGUGUGUUGUAGACAAAGGAGAUGAAGCCAUGCAUCAGAUACUACUUAGAUCUGUGUCGCAAUUAACUUUUAUGCGAGAUUUCAGCCUAAUUUCCUUAGCAUGUUAUGCCCACUGCUUUAUGUAGGGUUGCAACCUUUUUAAUUGCCUACUACAUGCAUAUUAAUGUAUGGAGGAAAUACCACAGGUGCUUGAACAUCAACUGUGCCAGUUAAGGGGGCCUGUUUGCAAUAUCAAAACGUCACAGUUAACUUCUCACGCUUGAAGCUAAUUUAACCCAUCAGCUGUUACUUGAGUAUGCACACACAGAACCAGUGGUGCUGGCGAGGGGCAAUCCUUUCUGCCAAACUAGAUGCAAGCCAGAACAGCUCCAAGGGCCUAUUGUAAGUUCUUCUCCAGUAUCUGACAGCAGAAAAGUGACUGGUCUUCUGCUCUGUGCCUUGCACAUGAAACAAAAGUGACUUGCAGUUGGGAAAGCUGAUGUCAUAAAAUAGCUCUGCAAGAUGACAAAAAUGGUUUUUACUCAUUUGUAAUGAACGCUAAAGUGGAAUUUGGGGUGUGGGAGGGAAAGCACGCCCUGGCCCUAACGGCCUAAGUUGGUCUCAUGCAGGUAAAUGUUACUUCAGUGCUGAUUUUAUCUGACAUAUCAAUGAAUUCUGAAAUGAAGGUUUGGCGGAGGCUGGCUCUGUUAGUUUUUAAAUAUCUGUUCACUUUAGACUGUAACCUGAAGAAAUGGUUUGGUUUGUUA